UGGUGCAGAUAUGGCGUGAUUAUUGGAGACUGCAAGCCAUUUUUUUAAAACGAAUCUUUCUUUGACCUGAGUUUUAAUAAUUUUAAUUAAAAAUUAAAAGUUUUGAAAUCGUUAACCAGCAACAGUCGUCAAAAUUACUAGGUGACCUUUUGUCUUUUAAAAUGUAAAUCAGUGUGAUACUUACGAAUUUCGAAUUCAUUUUCGAUGCAACACAAAUUGUCUUUAGAGAAAGACAGAAAUCAACAGAUAUCUGAAUGUCAGUGGAUGUCAGCCUGGAUGAAAUGUUUACAGUAUGCAUGCAUGUGAUGUGCUAUACGUAUAAGUUUAUUUCCGAAAUAUGUAAUUUUAAUCCAAAAUGAAAACAAGAAAGAGAAGAACGAAGUGUCACCUUGUCGAAAUGCCGGGAAUUGUCGUGUUUAACCGUCGCUGGGUUGUUGGAAGUGAUGAUUUUGUGAUACCCUUUGGAAUCGCGUUUGUAUUACGUGUAAUAUGGAUGAUUUCACUUGGUGUAAUGCUCGCUCUUUAUCAUUCAUUUGACCAAGAUGCUUACCUUGAAUGUGAAUCGACGUUCGACUAUUUUACAAGUGGCUACAUCGUACUACUCUUUGCCACUAACCUAGUGGAAUUCUUAGUGUCUUGGCUUAGUAGCAAAGGCACUAUUAUGGAUGACACGCCUCGUCAGGUGAUACCAACGGUUUUGUACAUCCGACUCUGCUUCAGCAUAACUGAAAUUUUCUGGCUUUCGCUCGGCCUAAAAUGGAUUUUUAUUGAUGGAGAGGAAUGUGAAUCGAGUCCAGGCUGGAGGAUAUCAAAAGGCGUAGUGAUUUUUAACUGGAUGUUCUUAAUAUUCGUCGCCCUGUUGGUGUUUUGUAGCUUUGAUUCAGCAGGCAAGGAUUGGGUGCGGAUGGUGAAACACGCUCGGACCGAACAUUACGACACGAUAAGAACUCAGAUCUCGGAUCGCUACAUGAGUAGAUGGAAGGAAUAUUUCCAAUGCUUUUGCGCAUGCUCCGGUGUGAACGAUAACAUGAAUGAUCAGAGCAUAUAUGGUUUCAUUGGCAUGACUUUGUCAGAAUUCUUCCAAGAUUUAGACGUCGUCCCAAGUGAUAUUGCAGCUGGGUUAGUUUUACUUCGACUGAUUCAAAAAAGGGAAGAGAAUCGACUCGUGUACCAAUGUCUUGCCGAUGCGUUACCAAUGGUAUGCAAGCCAGGAAAAGGAAAGGUGACAAACAGCUUCCAGAAGACUAGGAAAGCGAAACCUUUCACGAUUGAAAGUCGGGAGGAAUGUCGUUUGUUUGAAGAUGUAGUGCAUUACGCUCACUAUGCUGUUGGAGCGUACGGAUGGCCUGUGUAUUUGCUGACUGAUUUGAAAUGUGCUUGUUGUUCUCUGGCCAGUACUAUGAGGUGUUGUUAUUCCUGUCGAAAGCAAGAAGCGAAAUUUGGUCCAGUUCUUGAAGACAAUUGUUGUCAGUGCAAUUUCUCCGCUGUAAAGCAAACACUGAGUGAUUUCUUUGAAGAUGUCCAGAUUAUCUAUACUUCGUUCGUUGAUGAGCUCUAUGUCAGUCCUUUUUACGUGGCUGUUGAUCAUGCAAAGAAAUCUGUCAUCAUUUCGAUACGAGGAACUCUCUCCCUACAGAAUAUCUUGACAGACUUGAUAGUGGAACCGGAGAAAAUCCCUUGUAGUCGAAGUCACAUGUACGACGAAUGGUAUGCUCAUAAAGGAAUGCUGAGAACAGCGUUGAGCGUGAAAAAUGUUCUGGAAACCAAGGGAAUAUUGACUGAAGCUUUUGAUAAAUGCCCUCCAAAUGAACGCAAUAACUAUCAACUGAUUAUCGUAGGUCAUUCACUGGGAGCAGGUGCAGCUGCGGUAUUGUCAAUCUUACUGAAAGAGAAAUAUCCCAAUCUAUUCUGUUAUGCUUAUUCACCGCCUGGCGCAACAUUGAGCAGUGAUGCUACGAAGUAUGCUGAGGAUUUCAUCCUGUCUGUUGUGAUAGGGAAAGACAUGAUAGCGAGGAUGAGUUUAAACAAUCUCAAAGAUUUACGAGAUCGCGUUCUGUUCCUUGUUUCCCGCACUAGGAAACCCAAGUGGAAAAUUCUACGACGUUGUGUUUGGCGUUCGACGAUGUGUUGUUGUUGUGGUCCAACUAAGGCUAAGGACAAUCAUUUACCAGACGCUGACGUGGAUCAACUCGAGAGGAAAUUUCGUGAAUUCACACGACAGUCAUCGAGUACUCCGGAUUUCUAUCCUCCCGGGAAAGUCCUCCAUCUGGCAAAAGUGAAAUCAAUUAAAGGGCGUUGCUUUAACAAGGAAAAAGAAUUUGAGCUUUUCUGGUCAACCAGCGAGGAUUUCGAAGAGAUUUUGAUCUCAAGUCUGAUGUGGUCGGAUCACAUGCCAGAUUUCGUUUUGAAAGUUCUGAAAGAUACUUUACAUCGGCUUAAUAUUCGCUCUGACAAAGCCAGUGGAUAUUCUCCGCCCUGUAGGUCUCAUCAUCAUGGAUUACAGCGAUGUUUGAGCGAUAAUGGUUCGUGUUAUAUAUCUGUGCUCGACUCACCAACAGGUGCCAUUGUCGAUCAGCCUGGCGAUGUUGACUUGUCGUUUGUUUGAAUGUACUGCUCUCAUUUGGUCAAACCAAAUUGAAGUUUGUCGUUUCGAAAGUCCCUUGGGUGAAAACCCCACCUUUCGUGGAGUGAAAAUCCCUCCAUCAGUGAAUCAAAUCCAUCAUGAUCUGUAUGUAUGUAUAUAUAUAUGAAGAUUUUCAUAGUAUAAUUUAUUUAUGUCUGAUGAAAUGAUUUGAUAGCUCGGAUUCGUUUGAAAAACCUAAAAAUUCAUAAUUGUAAAAAAAUACCCAUGAAUUAGGUUAAAAAUGAAUGCGUACACUUAAUCAACUCGCAGUUCAAGCACUCAGAGUGAGGAAUAUAAUAAUUCAUUGUCGCGAUUUGAGGAAUUACGGGAAGAAUCACAAGACCCAAAUUGUUAGCGUGCUCGUAGACUAAAUUUUAAAAUGCCCGCGUAAAUAUCCGGGGUAUAGUCGCACGUACAGUUGAUCAAAGAAAUGUGAACAACACUCUUGGAGAGAGGCCUCUGGAGUUCCGAGAACAGGUCAUACGUUAUUAAUGCAAUACAGGAGCCAGAAUAAGAAUUCAUAAUAAUUCAUUUCGCUUUUCACGAUUUUCACGAUGUGAAUUUAUGUGAAAGAAACAUUAUCUAAAAAUUAUCUUAAAAAUGGCCGGAAAUCGACCCAAUAAUACCGGGUUUCUAAUCUUUCGCUUGAUCAGUUUCCUUGCUAAAUGUAGACCCUACUCAAACGGUUCCCUUUUUUGUGUGAAAAUUUGAAAGGAUCAAACGUGAGUAACUCGGAGUCCUUGAUCCAUAAUCGUGAUGCAUCAUUCCACGCGUGUGUUUACGAGCAUGCCAUGUACCCCCCCCCCCACUUCCCCACCUUCCCAGGUGUCUUGUUGAUUAUAAUCUUGUCCCAAAUCGGGCAACUUAAAGUGUUUAUCAACAAAUUGAAACUUUCAAAUUAAGAAAGGUUCAUAAAAUAUAAAGUUGUGUUAUUUUUGCAUCGAAAUUGAAAUAGAAUAACUAAUUAAAGUAAUGUGUUUAAAUUAUGAAGCUACGGUAAAUAUAAUGAUAUAUAAAAAUUGUACAAAAAUUUUGAGAAAUGACCCGCUUCAGUCAAUU